AGUAUAUUAAAAUAUUAAUAUCCAACCAUUCUUAAUAUGAAAAUCAAAUAAAAAAAUAUUGUGAAUUAGUGUGUAAGUGUUCAAAAAAAUGUGCAUUAAUUUUCAAAAUAUUACAAGUUAUGUUUAUUAAUGCAACUCAGAUUUAAUAUUUAUGUUUCCUAUUUUUUCUACAACAAUAUAUACUAAUUUAUACAAAAAUGUACAAAUAUAAGAGGAUGAACUGGACUACAUGAAAUUAAGAAAAUUAUAGUCCAAUUUAAACAUAAUUAGAAAUAACAUAUAUAAUUUAACAGAUCAAAAAUAAAUAUUUGAAAUAAUACAAAAUACUAUAUGUGAAAUCACAUAUCCAAUUAAGAUGGAAAAUAACAUUUUUAUUAUACAUAUAAAUUAAAAAAUAGUUUAAAAUUUAUAAAAAAAUAUUUUUUUAUUAAUUAUUACAUAAGUAUUUGUAUCUGUGCAUGAGCACGGGAAAGUCUCCUAGUGUGUAAUAAAGAAGAUGAUAAACAAACAAAAAUAGUAUUACAAAUACAAAUAGACAAAAUAGUGUAAUAUAUAGAUGAAAUAUUGUGCAAAUUUAGACCCAAAAAAAUUGGUGCAAAUUCUUUAGCAACAAUAUAGUUCUGAAAAUACAAUUACACAUGUCCAAGACUAUUAGAUCACUAUCCUCUACCCAAAAUAAUAUUAGACACACAUAAGAAAACUAUACUAUUCUAUAACACAAAUAGUAUAAAAUUUCUUUUCAUUUAAGUGAUGUCAAAACAAAACAAAAAAAACCAAAGUAAAGAAAAAGAUGUAAAAGACAAAAGAAGAUGAAACAAAUUAGUAUUCUUUUUUUUUUUUGAGCAACAACAAAUUAGUAUUCAAAUAGUGAGAUGUAGUUGGGUGCCGGGAAGUCUUCUUUAAAUGCCCCACCGUUCUAUGAAAUUUUCUCUCACUCUCAUAGUCUUCACAGCUCAAGAUUUUCUUUCUUUUCUUUUGAAACUGAUAAGAGUUGCAAGAAAUGGCCGCUCAAUUGCUUCUGCCUCCAAACCCAUUCACCAAGUCAGCCUCAGCUAAACUUUUCUUCACAGGUGAUGACUCAACUCUGAAAAGAAAGUCAAAACACCCAACAAGAGUUUCAAAUGGAUUUAGCUUAAGAGCAAACGCAGCUUUGAGAUCUAACCAUAGCUCAUCUGUUGAAAUUCCAAGUCGAUGGUACAAUAUUGUUGCUGAUCUCUCUGUUAAGCCUCCUCCACCAUUGCACCCCAAGACUUACGAACCCAUCAAACCCGAAGAUUUAGCUCAUCUUUUCCCUAAUGAGAUAAUAAAACAAGAAGCAACACUAGAGAGGUUUAUCGAUAUUCCUGAGGAAGUUCUUGAAAUCUAUAAGCUUUGGCGCCCAACUCCUUUAAUCAGAGCAAAGAGAUUGGAGAAGCUUCUUCAGACACCUGCAAGGAUUUACUUCAAGUAUGAAGGUGGUAGCCCAGCUGGUUCACACAAACCAAACUCAGCAGUUCCACAAGCUUAUUACAAUGCUAAAGAAGGUGUCAAGAACCUUGUAACGGAAACCGGUGCUGGCCAAUGGGGCAGUUCUUUAGCCUUUGCUUCUAGUCUAUUUGGACUUAAUUGUGAAGUGUGGCAAGUGGCCAAUUCAUACCAUCAAAAGCCAUAUCGCAGGCUAAUGAUGCAAACUUGGGGGGCAAAGGUUCAUCCGUCACCAUCGGAUCUCACUGAAGCAGGUAGAAGAAUCCUUCAGGUCGAUCCAUCAAGCCCGGGAAGUUUAGGCAUUGCAAUAUCAGAAGCUGUUGAAGUGGCAGCAAGAAACGAGGAUACAAAAUACUGCUUAGGGAGUGUAUUGAACCAUGUGUUGUUACACCAGACGGUUAUUGGAGAAGAAUGCAUAAAGCAGAUGGAAGCUUUUGGCGAAACGCCUGAUGUGAUCAUAGGAUGUACUGGUGGAGGAUCAAAUUUUGCUGGUUUGAGUUUUCCUUAUAUCCGGGAGAAACUCAAAGGCAAAAUCAACCCUGUUAUAAGAGCUGUUGAGCCCUCGGCCUGUCCUUCCCUGACCAAAGGAGUUUAUGCUUAUGAUUUUGGCGAUACUGCUGGAUUGACUCCUUUGAUGAAGAUGCAUACUUUAGGGCAUGACUUCAUUCCUGAUCCUAUCCAUUCUGGUGGAUUACGGUACCAUGGGAUGGCCCCAUUGAUCUCACAUGUUUAUGAACAAGGUUUCAUGGAAGCAAUCUCAAUUCCCCAAACUGAGUGUUUCCAAGGGGCUAUUCAGUUCGCGAGAACAGAAGGGAUAAUACCUGCGCCAGAACCGACUCAUGCCAUUGCUGCAACCAUAAGAGAAGCUCUCCGAUGCAAAGAAACAGGAGAAGCAAAAGUGAUACUAAUGGCGAUGUGUGGACAUGGCCACUUUGACCUUUCCUCUUACGACAAGUAUUUAAGAGGCGAAUUGAUAGAUUUAUCAUUUAGUGAAGAGAGGAUUCGAGAGUCUUUGUCUAAGGUUCCUCAUGUUGUUUAGCUCCAAAUUAUGCCCCAUGUUCCAAAACAGACGUGAAAUAAGUUGGGCCAAUUUCAUGGCCUUUCGAAUAAAGAGGAAACAUGAAUUUAAAUAAUGAACACAAUGUCUUUUCUUUUCUU